AUGUGCUCUGACCUCUAUUCUGACUGCGGCACAAACUUUGUUGGUUCUAAUAAAGAACUCAAAGUUCUACAAAGAAGAAGUAUUGAAUCCCUACCGGAAGAUCUAGCAAACCUUCUCGCUAACAACGGUACAAACUGGCACUUUAUACCACCCGCUUCGCCAAACUUUGGAGGUCUCUGGGAAACUGGUGUAAAAUCUGCAAAACACCAUUUGAAACGCAUUAUGGAUAGUCGAAUCCUAACCUAUGAGGAAUUGUCCACUCUCUUGACUCAAAUUGAAGGAUGUCUUAAUUCCAGGCCGCUUUGCCCCAUUUCAACUGACCCAGCAGAUUGUGAAGCCUUAACUCCAUCCCAUUUCCUGGUUGGAGAGCCAAUUUUAUCUGUCCCAGAUGAAAAUCUAUUAGACCACAAUAUAGAUAGGCUUUCCCGCUGGAAAGUAGUUCAGUUGCUCAAUCAACAGUUUUGGAAUCGAUGGAAGACAGAAUUUAUCAACCGGUUACAAUCCCGUCCAAAAUGGCUCAAACCUCAAAAGAACGUUGAAGUUGGCGAUUUGGUCAUCAUAUUUGACGAACGAGUUCCCCCAGGUCAAUGGCCACUAGCCCGAAUUACAGAAGUCCAUCCCGGUGCUGAUGGAAAAGUCCGAGUUGUUUCCCUGAAAUGCAGUGGUAAAAUCUAUAAACGUCCUGUCUCUAAAGUUGCACUUCUGCCCCAACAACAAAACUUUAAUUAA